AUUAUUAAUUAUUGUUAUCAUUGCUAUUAGUGUUGGGUGUGUAUUUAUCCAUCUUCCUUCCUCCUUUUUUAUCCUCCUUCCCCUGUUCUGGUCUGGUCUGGUCUGUGCUGCUCUGUUUCUGUUUCUCUCAUCUCUCUCUCUCUGUGUUUUCUUUUCUUGAUCUUAUUCCCACUUCUGUUUGGGUGAUAUAUCUGUAACCUCUGUCUGUGGUUUUUUCAGAAGUGUCUCUUUUCUUUGUUUGUUGUUCAGAGGAAGCAGCUCAAGCAGCAGAAAGAAAGAAAUUCAAACAAAGAAAUAAGGAGGAAAAAGUGGGGGAUCACACCACAUAACCAGAGUUUGCCUUUUGGGGGUGAAAAAUCCCCAAUCACUAGUUAUUAGAGUGAGAGAAGAAAGAGGAGAGAGAAAAACAAAAAAAAAAAGUAAAAAAAUCCUGAGGGAGAUCGUCGUGUGAGAUUCCGGAAGUGAUUGCCUCUCCUCUCCUCUCCUCAUGGCAGGCAGUAAUGAGGUGAAUGUUAAUGAAUCAAAGAGAGUUGUUCCUCUGAAUACAUGGAUUCUAAUCUCCAAUUUCAAGCUGGCUUACAACAUGCUCCGGCGACCGGACGGCACCUUCAACCGCGAUUUGAGCGAAUUCCUCGACCGGAAAGUGACGGCCAACGCCAAUCCCGUCGACGGCGUCUACACCUUCGAUGUCGUCGACCGGGAAACCAGUUUGCUGAACCGGGUUUACAUGGCUAGCCAUGAAAACCGGCCUCAAUUAGGCAUUCUCGAGCUCGAAAAACCGAUCAGCGACGUCGAAACCGUGCCGGUGAUCCUCUUCUUCCACGGCGGCAGCUUCGUGCAUUCCUCCGCCAACAGCGCCAUUUACGACACCUUCUGCCGCCGCCUCGUGAACACCUGCAACGCCGCCGUUGUCUCCGUCAAUUACCGGCGAUCGCCGGAGCAUCGAUACCCUUGCGCCUACGACGACGGCUGGACCGCGCUUAAUUGGGUUCGAUCGCGGCGGUGGCUCCGAAGUGGCCGCGAUUGUAAAGUCCACAUCUACCUUGCCGGAGACAGCUCCGGCGGCAAUAUCGCGCACCACGUUGCUGUCCGGGCGGCCGAUGAGGGCGUCGAGGUUUUAGGCAAUAUUCUUCUCCACCCGUUGUUCGGCGGGGAAGAAAGAACCGAAUCGGAGCGUCGAUUGGAUGGGAAGUACUUUGUGAGGAUUCAAGAUCGCGAUUGGUAUUGGCGGGCGUAUUUGCCGGAAGGCGAGGAUCGGGAUCAUCCCGCGUGCCAUGUGUUCGGGCCGAGAGGUCGAAGUCUCGACGGGGUUAAAUUCCCGAAGAGUUUGGUCGUCGUCGCAGGAUUGGAUUUAUUACAGGAUUGGCAAUUACGAUACGUCGAAUGGCUGAAGAAAUCGGGGCAGCAAGUGCAGCUCGUGUACCUGGAGAAGGCCACGAUCGGGUUUUAUUUCUUGCCGAACAACGAGCAUUUCCACGUCCUGAUGGACGAAUGGAAGAGCUUCGUACACUCGUCGUGACGUGACGAAGCUCUUUAUCCGUUCACAUUGACGAUAACGAUGAUUAUGAUUACACGUAACGGAACCUUUUGACGUAUUUUUUUAGUCGGUGUGUAGCUACGUCGCUGUGUAGAGUUUUUGUCGAUAACUUUUUUUUUUUUUUGGUUCUGUUUGUUGUUUAUCGCGAAUAGUACGAUGAUAUUUUGGUAUCGAUUUCUUCGAAUUGAAUUGCCUUCUUUGGAAGAGGCGAUCCGAUUGGAGGCUCGGAUGUUAAGCUAUCCAGAUGACUCGGCUCGGCUCGACUCGCCGGAAAAACUCGCCGUCGGCGGCCGGAGCAGGAGAUUGAAGGGUUGGGAAUUGCUGGUAAAUUGGUAGUUCCCUUUAGGAUAUUAUUAGUAGUAUUUUGUGUAAGGCCUAAUUUUAGUUCCAUGGACUUGGGGAAUUUCCGUGGUGCUGCUGUAUGUGACUGUGAUAUGUAAGUUGAUACUUCUAGAAACAUCUAUGUUUAUAUAUAUAUAAUAUAAAAUAUUGAAAGUUUUAAAUA